AUGGAACAAAGAGCAACCUCAGAGCCAAAUGGAACUGUUGGUAUAGAUGGUUGGUGUCCAAAUGGGUCAGGUGAAGCUAAAACUGAGUUUCAUUUUGAAUUAGAUUUUGGUAAAGGUAAGGUUUCUUCAAAGUUUAUGAUGGGAUUGAUGGAUCUAAAUCUUGAGAAUAAUGCUUUGGACAAAAAGGGUAUAGGUGAUCAAGAAACGGGUUUGGUGAUGGGACAAGAUAAUAGGGUUUCUUCAGAUGAGGGUUGUGAGAAUGCUAAUAAUAAAUUUAUGGAUGACACAAUUGCUUAUAAUAGAGACAUAAAAUAUUUGGAGUCACCUGAAAGGGAUAUCCCUGAUUCACCUGCUUUAGAGGAAAAUAUAAAUUAUUUUGGUGAUUUAGCUAUUCAAGUAGUUAUUGGUACCCUAGAGACAAGGGGCUUAUUGGCCCCUGACAAGAGACGCUUGGUCAAAAGAUCUUUGAUCAAGCUUGGGUCUAAUAUGGUUUUACUUCAGGAAACAAAACCAUGUGGAGAUAAGGUGCUUGAAUUCAUUAAGUAUUGUUAUAAAUGGGAGGGGUGGUUUCAAGAUGCCAGAGGUACCUCUGGGGGUCUUAGAAUUUUGUGGAACUUAGAGGUCUUUGAGGUGGUUCCAAUUGCAUCCAACGAGUUUUGGAUGGCCUGCAACAUUACAUGUAAAGUAGGAGGUAUUGGCUUCCCUCUGGUUAACAUCUAUGGGCCGAUUAAAACAAAUGAAAAAUUGAGAGUGUGGGCGGAGAUUUAUGAGCAAUUGCAAUUUUUGGAAAAGCACAAAGUAAUCUUGGCCGGGGACUUCAGUGCAAUUCUUGAUAUAGAUGAUAAAGUUGGAGGUCUCAAAAAAAGCACAAAAGUAAUGGGGGACUUUAGGAAAUUCAUCUCGAAAUGUCAGAGCAUGCGGUGGAGGGAUCCUUCAUUCACAGAACUGCUAAAGAAUUGGUGGUUUGUUAAAAGAAUUCAAUAUAUUAAAAACAAAAUCAAGCAUUGGAAUAAGAUCUCAUUCAAAAAAAUCUUCACUGAAAAACUAAGAAUUGAAGAGGAAUUGGAGGAUAUCAAUAAUAGAGUUAUGGUUGUAGGGAUGGACUGCGAAGAUUAUCUAAAAGAAAAAUUACUUAAGGAACAAUAUGCAGAGCUCCUAAACAGAGAAGAAGUCUAUUGGAGGGAUAAAUCAAGGGCAUUAUGGAUUGCUGAGGGAGUUCGAAACACAAAGUUUUUUCAUGCCUCUUCAAAGGGAAGAAGGAACAAAAAUAAAAUCACGUUAGUUCUGGAUGACAAUGGGGCAUUGAAAGACAUAGAGGCUGAAAUUGAGCAAGUUGCACUGGAACAUUUUGAGAGAAUUUUGGGGAGCAAUAAUCAGUCUUGGAGUGCAUCAGAUGGUAGGCUAUCUGAAAUCCUACAUAAGUUGGUCUCUGAGGAUGAGGCGUUAAUGCUUUGUGAACCUUAUACUUUGGAAGAAAUUAAAAGUGCUACAUUCGAGCUGCACCCACAUAAGGCCCCAGGUCCGGAUGGAAUGACUACGGAAUUUUAUCAGAGAUGUUGGGAUUUUUUGGGACAUGACAUCUAG